AUGCCUGUGGAUUUCAGUGGGAGAUGGCUGCUGGAGUCGAACGAGAACCUGGAACUGGACGAAUACAUGAAAGCACUGAAUAUCGAUUUCGCCACACGCAAGGUUGCCAUGCGCCUCUCUCCAGCCAAGGUCUUUUUCCAGGAGGGAGACCGGUUUGUGAUUGAGACCUUCAGCGCCUUCAGGAAUUACGAGGUGUGUCAGCAGACAGUGCUCACCUGGGAGGGCGAUACACUGAUGUGCAGGCAAGGGGGCGAUAAGGCUAACCAUGGAUGGAAACAUUUAUUCAGCAUUAUCUAG